GGAACAUAAAAUGUUUGGUGUAAAGUAUGGCGCUGAAGAACUUGCAGCUGUUCCACAUGAACCGUGGGAAGGGGUAUCAGAAACAGCAAGCGACGCCCAUGAAGGCGCCUCCAUCUGCCUUGUCCAGGUCUAUAUCCCGGAGUGCAGAGGCUUUGGCCGCUUCUACUGGUGCUGGUAAAGAAAUAAAGGCGCGCAAAGCUCGAAGCACGGACCAGCCGGGUGCGAAUGGAUCGAGCAGUUUGUCCAAAGGCGGGAGCUCCCUUGCUCUCCCAGCGCUGGGCAAACUGUGGGGCGAGGACACCGACAGUUUUAGGAGCAGAUCGAGAAACGGCAGUGCAAGCAGUAGAUCCGGGAGCCUGGACCGAAGCAACCACGGCUCCAGUUCCAGUAUAACGCUCAAUGGGGAAGAAGAUAAUAUUAACGUAGUUGUGAGAGUCCGGCCUGUAAACGAGAGGGAGCGAUCUCUGCAAGAGCGGGACAUGUUGGAGUUCCCCGGCAAAGGACAGAUCAUCGUCAACGGCAUCUCACUCGCGCAGAAGCCUAAGCUGUUCUCCUACAACGUUGUCUUCGAACCUGCUGCCACACAAGAGGAUGUCUUGGAAUACAGUGGCAUUAAACGUCUGCUAGAAAUGGCGGUGGAAGGCUUCUCUUGCACAGCUUUCUGCUACGGACAGACGGGCAGCGGCAAAACGCACACUUUAACUGGACCACCGGGGCUUGUGGAGAGUGGAGCAAGCCCGUACUCCCCAGAGCACGGCCUGGUGGUGCGGUCGUUCGUGUAUCUCUACCAACUUAUCCGCGAUCGCCCCGACUGCCACUACAUAUUGAAAGCUUCCUUUUUGGAAAUAUACAAUGAGAAGGUAAUAGACCUUUUAAACCCGGGUAGUGCUAGAAAACCACAGCAAGUCAGAUGGUCGAAAGAGAGUCGGAGUUUUUACGUGGAGAACCUUUUCACAGUGGAUUGUGAAGAGCUGGACGACCUUUUUGCUGUAUUAGAGGAGGGGAUGCGGAACCGAGCGGUCGGCGCUCACGCAAUGAACGCCCACUCGUCCCGAUCCCACACGUUACUCAGCGUGAGGAUACGUCGCGAUGUUGGCUCCGACCGCGAUAUCACGUGCUCCACACAUGGCAAGAUGAACUUCGUGGACUUGGCUGGUAGCGAGAUGACCAAGCGCACCAAGAGCAGCGGCAAGACUCUGGAGGAAGCCAAUAAUAUCAACAGGAGCCUUAUGGUGUUAGGGUACUGCAUAGCACAACUAAGCGACGGUAAGAAGAAAGGACACAUACCAUACCGGGACAGCAAGCUUACAAAGCUGUUAGCCGAUAGCUUGUCUGGAAAUGGGGUAACUUUAAUGAUUGCUUGUAUAGCGCCUACAAAAUCCAAUUUGAAUGAAACUAUCAACACGCUGCGAUACGCCGCUCGCGCUAAGAAAAUAAAAUCCAAGCCUAUUGUUAAAAUGGACGCCAGAGACGCUUUGAUACUGAGUUUGAAGAGGGAAGUGGAGGCGCUGCAAACUGAGAACCACCAUUUGAGGACAGCUCUACAAAUUCACUCCGAUUACAAUGCUGAUUCUUAUAGUCAAAAGAGUCGCGGCACGCCGCCUCCGAUAGAAGCCAACAAGCUCUACCAGCUGCCACAGAAGGAGUUGGUAGAGCUGGUCCAACUGCACAUGUCAGAGAACUCUGCGCUCAGACAAGAGAACACAGAGCUGUUUGUCGUUAGAGAUCAACUGUUGAGGGAUCAGGAGCUUCUAAGCAGAGAAAACGAGCGGUUGUUAAAGAAACUCGAGGAUGUUAACUCCGUUUGCACCCGAUCUCCAAUAAUACCAGCGAGGGCUGCGUACUCCGAAGUCAGCACCAGUGCCAGCGCUCCCGAGGCGGACGUCUGGACGAACCAUGUUAGAUCUGCUAACAGCAGUACGUUUAGUGGAGGCAGCUAGUCUUACGAUAAAUUAUAGAGAACUAGCUGAUCCCCGCAACUUCACCCGUAUGCGGAUUUAGGUUUUAAUAAAUCCCGUAAGAACUUUUUGAUUUUCUGCAAUAAAAAUAACCUAUACCAGGACUCUAGGUCUUCAACUAAUAUUAUAUCCAUGCAAAAAAAUCAAGUCAUUCCGUUGCUCCUUUGCGACGCGAUUUUAAGGCUAACCAAAAAACUGACACACUUUUGCGUUUAUAAUAGCAAGUCACUACUAAAAGAGGCUAACUUACGCCACAGAAUACUCCUUCAAGGUACAGAAAUAUCAGUUAUAUUAAAAAAUAAAUAAUUUUGUUAUGAAUUGGCUGUGCAAAUCAUUUUGUGUAAAACUACCUUAAAUAUUACCUAAUUGGUUGUGCUAUUAACUUAUUUUUUGUACUUAUUUAAAAAUCACUGUUUAGUUUUUGUAGUAAGUAGGUACUUACAUGAAUAAAUUAGAGAAAAAUAUCGACAAUACUUAAAUUAUAGAAUUUUAGAAUAAUUGUGCUUGUAAAUUAAAAUAAAACUGCUUAAUUGUGUGUAUGGAAUAUUUGUUUUAUUUUGUAUCCAAAAAUGUUACAUAACAUACAGUUCAGAAAAAUUUAUUUUUACACAAACUUGUACAUAUACAAACAGUAAAUAAGUUAAAUUAAAUAUUGAUCUCAUAAGUAUGUGAGAACAAUGUUUAGUUUAUUUACUUUUAUUUGUAAACUAAAUACUUAAUUUUUAAGUUAUAUAACAUCUCUUUUACGAGUUACAUCUAAAGUUGACAAAAAAAGUAUCUAAGACCAUAAAAUUGCUUUACCCUUUUUCACAAGUUGCAGUAAAUCAAAACGUCACCAAGGGUGGAAAGAAAUUUUAUGGUCAAUAUACAAUCAAGAUUAUAGAACUCAAAAUUAUUAAUGUGAGUUUACACUGACUAAACAUUCAC